AUGCUGACACCAUGGCUCGAAGCCUUCCCACGCACCGCGUCCUCCCUAUUCGACGAGAUCGACACCUACAUGGGAUACAAGCUGUCCGACGUCAUACAGAAUGGGCCUAGUCGAGUGUUGACAGCAACCCCCAAUGCGCAGCCUGCGAUUAUGGCCACGUCGAUUAUGAUCCUCCGCAUCCUCGAGCGCGAAUUCGACUUCAAGGUCUCGGAGCGCGUAGACGUUUCGCUAGGACACUCCCUCGGCGAGUUUGCAGCGUUGGUGGGUGGCGGUGUGCUCGAAUUCGAAGACGCCCUGCUCAUGGUACGACGCCGCGCUGAAGCAAUGGCCGAGGCGACGCGCAAAGCAGUGGAAACAUACGGAGGCGAAUACGGCAUGGUAGCCCUCGUUACCGAGAGCGACUACCUGGAUUCGCUUGUCGCGGCUAUAGACGACUUUGUGGGCUAUCGCAGUGCCGGCGCGAGGAGCGAAAGUGCCGAUAGCAGGAAACCCAUCGACCAGGUGCUCAUCGCCAACGUGAACAGCAAGAACCAGAUCGUGCUGAGUGGGAGCCUGCAGAAGAUCAAUGAGCUUAUAACACACGUCCGACAGUUCCUCGGCCAUGAUCCUAGGGCAGUGCAGCUCAAUAGUGACAGCCCGUUCCACAGCCCCAUCAUGCGACCUGCUGUCGAUGUCAUGCGGGAACUGCUCGCCAGGAAGAGCAUAGUCCGAGGCCGGGAAGACCAAGAUGUUGUUACCUUCCCCGGCAGGGUGGAGUGUGUGAGCAACGUCAGCGCCCGACCCUUCGAAAAUGCCGCAGACGUCAAAGAUCUGCUCUCCAGACAAUGUCUCGAGACGGUGAGGUGGUGGGACAGCAUCAGAUAUCUCGACCAGGAGCAGAAGGUGCGGAGAUGGAUAGGUAUCGGCCCCGGGAAGGUAGGCAGGAAUCUUGUCGGCAAAGAAGUCGGCAUGAGGGGCGUGGAUACGGUCAAAGGUGGUGGUGUAUGGGCUAUCACGGAUCCCUUGGAAAUCGAGGAGGUGCUGAGGGGUCUGGAGAAGACGGAGAGUCUGGUGGAUGACGACGAAGAGCAGACUACAUGA